AUUAAAAAUGGAAGAGGUAAUGUCAAUGAUCUUCCAAGGAUUGAAACUGGUUAAGGAGCUUGAGUCUAGCUUACCGGAAAAGUCACUAGAAGCUCUAUCGACCUCUCUCGACGAGAUCACGAGGACAUUUGGUGAUGCAAAUGAGCGGCUGAAGAUAGUUCUUGAAUUCAGAAACUCGGUGGUUGUGUCUUGUUCAGACCAGUUGCUAAUGCAGAAUGAACCGGGUCUGAUGCAAGAGUAUUGGUUAAGGUGUGGCGGGUCCACGUCAUCUCAGGGAACCGAAGCCAUGACUCCAAGGCAGAUCAUGGCCGUUGAAGAUGGCAGAAGAAACUUGACGCCUGCAGAAAGAUCAGGCGGCUCCAGUAGCAAUCCUUCCACGCCAAGGCAACGCAGAAGGAAAAACGAAGGAGGAGAACACGUGGUGUUGAUGGCGGCGUUAAGGACAGGAAACAUAAAUCUACCACCUGACGAUAACCAUACUUGGCGUAAAUACGGUCAAAAGGAAAUUCUCGGUUCUAAGUUUCCUAGGGCGUACUAUAGAUGCACCCACCAAAAGUUAUACAAUUGUCCAGCUAAGAAGCAAGUACAACGCCUCAAUGACGAUCCCUUCACCUUCCGAGUCACUUACCGUGGUUCACACACUUGCCACACCUACUCAACCGCUUCCGCCGCUGCCCCCACCACUCCAGUUACAACUAGCUUUUCCCUUGACUACGGUCCCCCUUUCUUCGACAUGGCUGAUGCUAUGAUGUUUGGUAGCAGUGGGAUUGGGGCCAACAUGGACAUAUAUCCUUUCAAUGAUCCAAGUCAUCAUGACGAUCACUGUUACCGGCGGUCGGAAGACGGCGACGACGGAGACAAGUAAGAUUCAUGUAUCUAUACAUAGAAACUAGAAAGGACAUGUCUGAUUUAAUUUAUUAUUACUAUCAAAAGUUCUGCAUCAUUACACGUGAUUC